UCUGGAGUGUAUUUUUUCCCAGUGUCCCCCCACGCCGCCAUUAAAGACCGACAGAACGGCGGUUGAAAAUUGGGAUUAAAAUUAUUUAAAGCCCCGGAGAGACUGCAUCGGGGGGGGGGGUUGUUCUAUUGCACAGGUCUCGAAGCUACGUACAAACGGAAACUUAAAUAUGUGUCUUUUGACCAAAUGAAAGCUUGACUUCGGGACAUACAGAUUGGUUUGGAAAGCUCGAGCGAUAUAACGUUAAUGUUGGACUGAAGCUCAAGAGCGGUUUGUUGUGGUUGCGCCUUGAAGGAGUGUAAACACAGGAAAAGCAUCCUGCUUGCCUGUGUGAUCUCCUUGAGUGGAGCUGCCAACCAGAGUCCCUCCCAGCAGCAGCCAUCACCCAGCGGUGGAGUGACGAUGACAGAGCUGGGUGCCAAGUGGGCCUGUGAGUACUGCACGUUUGAGAACUGGCCUUCUGCCAUCAAGUGCACCAUGUGCCGCGCCCAGAGGCCCAGCGGGGGUGCCAUCAUCACCGAGGAGCCCUUCCGGAGCACCCCUGGCCUGGACUCCAGCCACCAGUGGGAACUUCUGAGUCACAGCAACAGCCCACCCCAGGGAGGCUCCAGUCUCCUAAUCUGCCCGGACUCCAGUGCCCGCCCCCGUGUCCGCAUCACAGACUCCCCCGAGCCCCCCUCCAGCAAAUGGUCCUGCCACAUGUGCACCUACUUAAACUGGCCCUGUGCCAUUCGCUGCACUCAGUGUCUGUGCCAGCGGCAUCAGCAGGAGCAGCGCCACCAGGGGCUGGCGCAGCAGCCACACAUUCCCACCGAGUCACCCCAGACCUCAGGCUCAGGAUGCCGACCCGCACCCCCAUCCACCCCUACGGACCCCUGCGAGGAGUAUAACGACCGCAACCGCCUCAACACCCACGCCCAGCACUGGACCUGUGCCGCCUGCACUUAUGCAAACUGGCCUAAAGCGUGCAAAUGUGUGGUGUGUGACCACUCCAGGCACAAGAGCUUGGCAAAACCUAUCGAACUGGCCUUGAAGCCCGAGAGCCUACCACCCUCCAUACUCAACGAGCAGGACAGUGACAACAGGAGGGGGGGUGUGGGAAGUGGAGUAGUGGGGUGCUGCGGCAGCCAGAGGAGGUCCCCGCCCACCUCCAAGCGGGAGGCGGAGGCUAAAAUGGACUUUCAGAGGAACGAGCUGGCAUUGGGAGCCGGAAUUGGGAGCAUAGAGGAGCGGCAGGUGGACUUUAAGAGGCUUAAACAGAUGAAGAACAGGAUGAGGAGGACUGACUGGUUGUUUCUCAAUGCUUGUGCAGGUGUGGUAGAGGGGGACCUGGCUGCAGUAGAGGCCUAUAAGUCAUCAGGGGGGGACAUCGCCAGGCAGCUGACGUCCGACGAGGUGCGCCUUCUCAACCGGCCCUCGGCCUUUGACGACGGCUUCACCCUGGUCCACCUGGCCAUCCGCUUCCAGAGGAAGGACAUGCUGGCCGUGCUCCUCACUGAGGUGUCCCAGCAGGCAGCUAAGUGUAUCCCAGCCAUGGUGUGCCCUGAGCUGACGGAGCAGAUACGUCGUGAGGUGGCUGCCUCCCUACACCAGCGCAAGGGAGACUUCACCUGCUACUUCCUCACUGACUUGGUCACCUUCACCCUGCCAGCAGAUAUCGAGGACUUGCCCCCAACAGUUCAGGAGAAACUGUUUGACGAGGUGCUAGAUCGAGAUGUACAGAAAGAGCUGGAGGAGGAAUCUCCUAUCAUCAACUGGUCUAUAGAGCUAGGCACGAGGUUGGACAGCAGGCUGUAUGCCCUGUGGAACCGCACYGCUGGGGACUGCCUGUUAGACUCGGUAUUGCAGGCCACCUGGGGCAUCUAUGACAAGGACUCUGUCCUCCGCAAGACCCUUCACGACACUCUGCACGACUGCUCCCACUGGUUCUACACGCGCUGGAAGGAGUGGGAGUCGUGGUAUUCCCAAAGCUUCGGCUUGCACUUCUCACUCAGAGAGGAACAGUGGCAGGAAGACUGGGCUUUCAUCCUCUCACUGGCCAGCCAGCCUGGAGCCAGCCUGGAGCAGACUCAUAUUUUUGUUCUUGCACACAUUCUUCGUAGACCAAUCAUCGUCUAUGGAGUGAAGUAUUACAAAAGUUUCCGUGGUGAAACACUUGGGUACACCCGUUUUCAAGGUGUGUACUUGCCCCUGCUGUGGGAGCAGAGUUUCUGUUGGAAGAGUCCCAUUGCUCUGGGCUACACUCGCGGCCACUUCUCUGCACUGGUGGCCAUGGAGAAUGACGGCUUCAACAAUCGGGGCGCAGGCGCCAACCUCAACACAGACGAUGACGUGACCAUCACCUUCCUACCGCUGGUGGACAGUGAGAGAAAGUUGCUUCACAUCCACUUCCUCUCAGCACAGGAGAUGGGGAAUGAGGAGCAGCAGGAGAAGCUGUUGAGGGAGUGGUUGGACUGCUGCGUAACAGAGGGUGGAGUGCUGGUGGCCAUGCAGAAGAGCUCCCGCCGGCGGAACCACCCCCUGGUAACACAGAUGGUAGAGAAGUGGCUGGACGGCUACCGACAGAUCCGCCCCUGUGCCUCGCUCUCUGACGGUGAGGAAGAGGAGGAUGAUGAGUGACAACUGGAGUAGGCAGGAGUCCACCCUCUUUUUUUUCCUCCUUUACUUACAUGGACAAACUGUGAAAGGGCAGGGAAUCAUGCUACCCUGGCAGAGGACACACUUAAGAGACUGACAGAAGAAAAACUCCAUUGCUGCAAAAAGACUUGGGGGAUGACCGAAAUAAAGGAUUGUAGUUUUCAAAUGCUAUUGAGCUUUGAUUUUAUCAAAUGUAAAAUCUUUAGCCGAAAGUGUAAAUGCAUGUGGUUGUUGGAAAUAUACCAGUAUCAGUUUGAUGGGCACCGAUGAAAGUACACUUCCUAAAUGACUGUCCUUUUAGUUGUUUUUCCAGUUGAAAUAGAGUUAUUGUUUUUUGAUGGGCAGGGUCUAGGCCAACAAAUCUUUGUCAGGGCACCCAACAGAAAACUGCUGCAAUUGUGUACUAUGAAUUUAAUUCUUAAAGGGAUACUUCAGGAUUUUGUCAAAAAGCCCUUUAUCUACUUCUCCAGAGUCAGAUGAACCCAUGGAGAUA